AUAUGGGGUAGAUAAAAAAACGAUAUAGCUUUUGGUAUCUGGGAGUAUAAUUCUAACUUAAGACUAUACAUAUACUAAAGCAAAGUGAUUUGUCAUUUGAUAUUUUUUUCUGUUAACGAUGAAAUCAAAUGAAAAUGUUAAUGACAGAUUCAAAUUACAGAGAUUUUUCACAUCAAUUUUAGGCCUUUGGCCGCUACAGAAAGAUGAUUUUUAUCGUAAAUUUCGUAUUGGUUAUUCUCUUAGUCAAAUGAUAAUAGUUACAGUAUCAGUGAUUUAUCAGUUUAUAAUAAACUGUGGCGGCAUUGAUGAUACCCUCGACUCUUAUUUUUUGCUGAUAUACAGUAUUUUGAUAUUCAUUAAAAUAUUCUAUACGUCUACAUGCCGUGACUAUUUAAAACGAAUAAUAAUUUCUUCAUACCAAGAUUGGGAAUCGAUAAAAAAUACCGAAGACAUUGAAGUCAUGGUCAAUAAUUCAGCAAUUUACAAUAAUGUAUCAUUGCUAAUAUACAGUUGUGGAUUAAUUACACAGAUUUUGUAUGAUGGUAAAAUAAUAUUUUUUACUGACAGCAGCGCAGUACCAACUCUGGACCAUCAGUCAAAUAGAACAGUUUACAAAUAUCAGCAUAAAUUUUUAUUACCCAGCAGUUGCAUUUUUAAUAACGUCAGUAAAAGUUUAUAUUAUGUAAUUCUGAUUAACGAAAUGGUACAGUCGUUUAUUAUAGCAGUUGGAGAUAUUUGCACCGAUGCCAUGUUUCUGUCCAUAACUGCUCAUAUUUGUGGACAGUUUGAUAUUCUUAUAAAACGAAUGGAUAAAUUUUGUGACAAUAAUUAUAAUUUUGAAGUUAAAAAUCAUGAAUUGACGAUGAUCAUCCAGAGGCAUCAACAUUUGAUAUUUUUAUCAAAUUGUUUGGAAAUUGUUUAUAAUAAAGUGAUAUUAAUGCAAAUGGGAGUAUGCCUUACAUCAUUAAGUGUUGCUGGUGUUACUUUGUUAUUGAGUAUAAAUAAAAACGAUAUUAUAACUGCUAUGAGAUCAGUGAGUACGAUAAAUUUUGUUAUACUCGAGAGCUACAUAUACGCUUAUCCGGCAGAUACUUUGUCCAGAAAAGGAGAUAUUAUGUUGAGAGCAAUAUACAGUUAUUGGUAUAAAUUUCCAAAUGUGAACAAAAAUAUUGUUUUUAUUACAAUGCGUCUUUGUAUCGCGCCGUAUCUUACUGUGGGUAAAUUUUUUAAUUUAACAAACGACUCAUUUAUGAGUGUCAUAAAAACAGCCUUUUCUUAUUUAUCAGUAUUGCGAUUAUUCAUAAUUAAAUAAUAAUUAUUUUAUAGUUUAGUCUGAAUUCGGUGUGAUUUAAUAUUUUCAUUAAUAUUAUCAUGCAACAAUUUUAUUAAAAUCUUGCGCAAGCCUAGUUACUAGUGUUUUAUUUGUCUACGACUUUAUAUGACUGUUAAUUUUGGUGCAGACUCUGUAAAAUUACUUACGCAUUUCUUUAGCAAAAAUGUUGCAAGCUAUGCGUGAGUAACUUUAAUUGAUUUCUGUCGCAAAUUUUUUCUUAAGAAAUGGAUGUGAUUUUAUUAAUAAGCAAUGAGUAAGAUAUCUGCAAAAUUACUUCAUAUAAUAUCAUGGGCGAGUCAUACGAAAAUCUUGACAAUUACUCACAUUAACAUCUUGUGACAGAUUUAUUGGUAUAAAAAGAUUUAGAUAUGUAAGGUUUUCUCGAAGGACGUUUCGCAUCAUUUACAUGACUGCUACAAGAUUGUCACUUGUAUGUAAUUUAUUAAAAGAUUUUAAUGAUUAAUGGCUCAACAGCCAACUUUUGAUAAAAAUUGUUACACAGAUUAUUAGUAUUGUA